UUAAAAGAAGAAAAAAUUAAAGUCCCAACCAAAACCCUGGUCGAUAUCUCGUAAAACCCUAGACGCCGCCGCCGCCACCACCACCACCGCCGCCGAGGAAGCUUGAUUGAAAGCCAUGGGGAAGAAGAAGAACCAAUCUAAUAAGAAACCAGACAAACAAGGCGGUAAAAAGAUGGGACCAGACGCAGUGGCCAUGAAAGCCAAGGCCAAGAAGGCGGACAACCCAUUCGAAUCGAUCUGGGCUCGCCGCAAGUUCGACGUCCUCGGGAAGAAGCGCAAAGGCGAGGAACGCCGCGUGGGUCUCUCCAGGUCCCGCGCCGUCGACAAGAGGAAGAACACGCUGCUUAAAGAGUACGAGCAGAGCUUGAAGUCUUCGGUUUUUAUGGAUAAGCGUAUCGGAGAGCAUGAUAACGAGCUUGGGGAGUUCGAUAAAGGUGUAAUCCGAUCUCAGAGAGCUCGUCAGUUGAAAGCGAAGAAGAGUAUGUAUAACUUGUCUGAUGGGGAGGAAGAUGUUUAUGGAGAUGGUGCUCUUGGUGAAUCUUCUUCUGCAAGGGAUGAUUUUGAUUCUGUACAUUUGUCUGAUGAAGAUCUUCGGGAUGAUGGUGUUGAAGACGCUGGAUCAAUGAGAGUGAGGCAUCGGCACAAAGACUCGCCUGAAGAGGAAGAGAGGCGUAAGAGCAAGAAGGAAGUCAUGGAUGAGAUCAUCAUGAAGAGCAAACUUGGCAAGAUGGAGAAAGCUAAGCACAAGGAGGAAAAGGAGAAGUUGUUGGAUGAUCUGAAUAAAGAACUCAUGUCCUUGGAAAACUCUGACGCGAUGAAGAGUUUAACUCAAGAUUUUACCGUCAAAGACGAGCCACAUGAUAAAUAUGCAAUGUAUAUGGAUGAUUUGGCGUCGGAUCGUCGUGGUCGUCCUACUGAUAGAACAAAGACACCUGAAGAAAUUGCCCAGGAAGAGCGUGAAAAGUUGGAGGAACUUGAGGAAAAACGUAAGAAGAGGAUGCAAGAAACUGAUGAUUUGAGCGACGAAGAUGAGGAAACUGGUGGUGAGGAAUCAUCGAAGAGGCUAAGAGUCAUCUCUGGCGAUGAUCUUGGUGAUUCCUUCUCAGUUGAUGCGGAGCAGCCUAAAAAGGGAUGGAUUGAUGAAGUUCUUGAACGAGAGGGUGAUGAUGAGGAUUCAGAAAGUGAAGGAGAGGAAGAAGAUGAUGAUGAUGAUGAUGAGGAGUCAGAUGGGGGUGAUGAGAAACAGAGAAAGGGUCAUCCUUUAAAGGACUGGGAACAAAGUGAUGAUGAGCUAGAGGCAGAGCUGGAAGGUGAUGAUGAUGAUGAUGAAGAUGAUGAUGAAGAAGAAGAUGAUGAUGAUGAAGAAGAAGAAGCGGAGCCAAUAGUGCACAAAAAGUCAAAGAAAGACUCUUCUGCUCCAACUAAAGGAAAAGGGUCAUCUGGAACAGUGAAACAAUCAACCAACAUGAAGAAAUUGAGUUCAACGCAACAUGAUAUUCCUUACGUGAUUCAUGCUCCAAAGAGUUUCGAGGAAUUAAUUGCUCUAGUGGAAGAUCGAUCUAAUGCAGAUGUUGUUACAAUUGUAAACCGUAUCCGGACAACAGAUUCAAUUAAGCUUGCAGCUGAAAACAGGAAAAAAAUGCAGGUCUUUUAUGGUAUUCUCCUGCAGUAUUUUGCCGUUCUUGCAAACAAGAAGCCAUUGAACAUUGAGCUACUAAACAUGCUUGUCAAACCUUUGAUCGAGAUGAGCGGGGAGAUUCCCUACUUUGCUGCAAUCUGUGCUCGACAACGGCUUCUGAAGACCCGUGCACAAUUUUGCGAGGCUAUCAAGAAUCCAGAGGAUGGAUGCUGGCCUUCCUUAAAAACCUUGUUUCUCUUGAGGCUUUGGUCCAUGAUUUUUCCGUGCUCUGACUAUCGUCAUGCUGUGAUGACCCCUUCGAUAUUGUUGAUGUGUGAAUAUCUCAUGCGCUGCCCCAUCUCCUCUGGUCGUGAUAUUGCCAUAGGUUCCUUCUUGUGCUCCAUUGUUCUCUUGGUUGCUAAACAAUCCAAAAAGUUUUGCCCUGAAGCCAUACUAUUUAUCCGGACUCUUCUGAUGGCUGCUUCAGACAAAAAUUUACCACCAUCUGAAGAAUCUGAGUUUUAUCAUUUCAUGGAGUUAAAAACGCUGACUCCAUUCCUGUGCAUACAAGACGACGUAAAGGAGGUUGUGCCAUUAAACUUCUUAAAGAUAAUGGAUCAGCCUGCAGACUCUCCAUAUUUCAGCUCUGAUGAAUUCAGAGCAAGCAUCCUUUCAAGUGUGGUGGAGACUCUCAGAGGGUUUGUGGAGAUAAAUGGAGGUUUGAGUUCCUUUCCAGAGAUGUUCAUGCCCAUCUCAACUUUACUACACCAAGUUGGGAAUCAAGAAAAGAUCCCACAGACUCUUAGGGAGAAGUUAGAGGAUGCCGCAGAGCUAAUCGAAAAGAAAACUGAGGAGCAUCAGAAGCAACGCAAACCACUCGCUAUGCGUAAGCAAAAGCCAGUGGCCAUCAGAAUGGUCAAUCCCAAAUUUGAAGAGAACUUUGCCAAAGGCAGGGAUUACGAUCCAGACAAGUACCGUUCAGACAUGAAAAAGUUGAAGAAGAAGCUAAAUGAGGAAAGGAAAGGAGUAGUGCGAGAGCUGCGCAAAGACAGCUACUUCAUGAGCGAUGUGAAAGCAAAAGAAAAGGCUGUGCAUGAGCAAGAGAGGGCAGAGAAACAUGGCAAGAAUCUGGCUUUCCUUCAAGAACAAGAACAUGCCUUCAAGUCUGGACAACUUGGUAAAGGCAAAGGCAACAAGAAGAGAAAGCGUUAGAUAACCAUUAUCAACUACUUUUUGGUGCUGUUUUUAUUGGAUUUUUCUUUUUAUUGGAUAAUUGAGAAAAAUUGAGUUAUAUUCCUAAGAAUUCCAAGAAAAUGCUUUAUGCUUACUAAUAACAUUGUUUUUGGUAAAAGUGUUAGGAUUAAAACUUGUCCUUAUAUGAAAUUGGUUUCGAUA